AUGCCCCCUAGCUUAGCAGAGAGCCUGAAGAAAUGUCUACCAUGGGAGUGGACGCUGGAGCAACUCGUGGAACGCUUCUCGUGCGUAGCCAUUGCUCUAUACGGGUAUGAUCAGGGCAUGAUGUCCCUAGUCAAUACAAACACAUCCUAUCUCCGCAUCAUGAAUAUAUCAAGAGACUCCCCUCUUGUCGGGGUUAUUGUCGCUGUUUACUACCUUAGAUGCGUAGCAGGUGCCAUAAUAGCGUCGCUUUUUGCUGACAGAUACGGCCGAAAACUGUCAAUUCGCCUUUCACUCGGCGUAACUAUAGUUGGGGGUAUCUUGAUGGUCACUCCUGGAAUUUUUUCGUCAUAUAUCGACGAAACAUGGCACGGCUGUGCUUUCUGGGUCAUGAUGGUCGGGCGGGUCGUGCUCGGGAUUGGGAUUGGCGGCAUCGAUACAGUAAUUCCCGUGUACAGCUCCGAACUUUCCGAGGGCAAUGCUCGUGGUACCGCUUGUGAGAACAUCCCUUCAAUUACACCCCUUCUGAUCGUUUCUACCGUACUUCCGCAGGAAUACCCAGUUCAUAUAGCCCUAUUUGCUUCUAAACUUCUUUGAUAGUUACUGACGACCAACCUUCAUAGUGGCAAAAGAGUUUCGGGCAAACAUUGGAGGGCUAUUAGUGGCGUUUGCAUUGAACCUCUGCUUCUCCCGUUGGAUAAAGAACAGUAGCUUGGCCUAGAGGAUGCCUAUAUUGUUCAUGCAGGCUUUCCCCGUAGCACUUCUGAUGAUCAUGGGCAAACU